AUGGGCCCAUUGGUGGCACCAUUCGCUGUUUUGUUAGGCCAGUGGUCGCAGAAAGCCAUCAAGCGCCUCUUUGACGGGAUGGACUUGGAUGAGGAUGGCAAGAUCUGUUUCUCCGAGUUCAUCGAGUGGAUCUUCGAUAGCGGCACCAAUUCCUUCAAAGGAGCUUUGGAGAUCGCGGAAACCACUGAUGGGGCCAAAACUCUUGAGUGGUCUGUAGCUGAUUGCUCGGAGCCCAUCGUGUUGCCCAACCUUCGCUCGGAGUUGGCCGUCAUUGAGGGCUGCAACAUGGAGGAAGAGAUCAAGGAGAUUCAGCCGGACGACCUUCAAAAGUUGGAAACCUUGAUGGUCGUUCCUGACCCCAUUCGUCGAACUCUGGAAGCUGUGUACAUGCUGUUGCUUCCAUCCUCUGGUUUGCCUUCCAUCAAUGCCCUGACCCCCCCAGAGUGGGCCGGGAUUCAGGAGAUGUUGAAAGACAGUUCCAUGCUUCAGCGUGUGUUGAAUUAUACUGCUCGCAAGGAGGAGAUGGUCACCCGGCCGUUGUGGGGAAGCUAUGCAGCCAGACGCUUCUUUAGCAUUGAGAAGGUGGACGCUGAUCUCAAGGAAUUGGAUGAACCGGCGAGGCCCCUGUCCUACGAGCGGGUGCUGAGUUCUUGCGAGUCCUUGCUUGACAUGGGUCCGCAAAAUCCGGGAACUGUUUCCAAAAGCAUCCAAAAGCGAAACGAUCAAGACGGAAAGAAGCACGCGGUGGUGCUGCUGUACAAAUGGGUUUUGUCGUUGCUGAUGCCCGAUUUGAAAGAGCUUGCAGACCGCUUUGGGCAGUAG